UUGUGUACAGAACACCGAGAGAGAUGUGUUUUUCAGGGCCGUUUUUCUCGUCGAGUGACUCGAUGCUUGGAAGGAGUUAUUCAACGAGCCUGUGGAUACCUGCCAUUGGCAGCAACCGUUGCCGAUACGAUCUUCUGCUGUCAUGGUGGCAUCACACCUAGGAUCACAAAGCUGAGCGACGUCACCGAUAUCAGACGGCCGAUACAUCAUAUCAGAAAGGGUACAAUCGCAGCAGAUCUGAUAUUCAGUGUGGUCAGCAAAACGGCUGGACUCAUACCCGGCGCCCGCGGUCGUCGAUUCAAUCCGAUGUGUGAUGAAACGGAACUUGUUCUCAGAGCAUUGGGUAUGGAAAUGCUCUCAUUCGGAGCACGAACGCUUUCGAUAUGGUCGGCACCUGGAGAAUCGAACUGCAAAGCUGGAGCAGCAAUUCAUGUGAACUGCUCCAAGGUCCUGACCAUAGUCAAAAUGGGCGAAUACGGAACUUUCACCAAAGAGCAAGCUGCAGCUGCUGCCGCUGUCACACCACAUGAUAAAGGAGCAGAUGCAUUGCUGCCUAUGAAUAAGGAUCGCGAGAGAAGAAAGAAAAAAGCUAAUAAAAAAGAAGGAGGGAAGAAAGGUGCUCAUAGCCCCGCCAACAGAGAGACCUAA